AUGAGUAGGAAUUUUUUGGAGAAAUCAAAAAUAUAUUUGUGUCCUGGCAAAUAUUGUGGUUAUCAAAAUAAUAGUACAAAUUGUGGGGCUUGUCAACGUGGAUAUCGUGUAAAUACUGAAAGUAUAUGUCAAUUAUGUCAUGAAACAUUAUCAUUAUACAAUUUUAUGUAUAUUGUUUUUAUGGCAUUAUUGGCAUUGAGUUUUCAUUGGUAUUUUAUUAAUCGUUUACAAAAGAAGAAACAACGAGAAUUUACUUUAGUCAAACAAACAAUUCUUUAUUUUUUGUCGAUAUUGGAAAUUCUUCUUGCAUUUAUUUUUACAUUAUUAACAUUUCCACCAAUUGGUAAAUUAACAAUGAAUGUAUGUCAAGUGAAAUUACUCAGUGAUUUUUAUCCUAUGUUUCAUAAUCCAAUUGUAAAUUAUCGAAAAAAACUACGAUGUUCAUAUGAAGUUGUUUAUCCAUUACAAAGUGCAAUCUUUGUCUUAUAUACAUAUGCAAGUUUAAUUAUGUUAUUACUAAGACCAUUAUUUGUAUCAAUAAUUCAUCAAAAAUUUAUAUCAGCUUCAAUUUAUAGUGCCCUUCAUUUUUAUCCAUGUUUAUUAAUCUUACAUGCUCUAUGUGGUGGAUUUAUUUAUUUUUCAUUUCCAAUUUUGACUAUUACCAGUGCUAUAUUCCUAAAUGCUAUUCAUUUUACAUUAAUUGCUAAUGGAGAAAAUAACUGGAUAUCAUUUAUUCGAAAGCUUUGUGGAAAUAUUCAAAAUUGGAUUAUUUAUCUCGUACAUGUGAUUCUUCUUUUGUGUGGUCUGAUUAGUUUAACACAAUUUGAAGAUGAAUAUCAUUUGAUAUUAUUACCUACUGUUUUUUUACCAGUUUUUCGUGAUCAUUUACAAUCGUAUCCGGAAUCUAUAGUUAAUGUAACUUUACAUAAUGUUAUCAUUACACAUAAACAAUCAGAUGGAAAUUAUAAAGAACUUUGGAUAUUUUAUACUAAUAUGGAUGCUAUUCAACCAAAAUUUCCAAUGAAAACUGAAUUUCGUUCGCAAUUACCAUUAUCACCAUCAAUGUCUUCAACUUAUACAAUAAUUGUUCGUCUUAAAACUUUAGAAACAUGCUACUUUGAUGUUUCAGUUUUGGAUGAUGCAAUAAAGUUAGCUGAAUCAUUAGAUGCACUUAUAACAUAUACAGAUGGGUUAAAUUGUGAUGUAACAUUUUUAUUUCCAUUUUGUUUUCCACGUGAUUUUGAAGUUAUUCAAGAUGGUUGGACAGCAUUUUCUGUUGAAUCAGAAUUUAGUCGAUUACAAGCAAUAAGUGAUGAAUGGCGUAUUAGUGAUGUUAAUAAAAAUUUUGCUAUCUGUGAAACAUAUCCAGAACGAUUAGUUGUUCCAAAAUCAAUCACCGAUGAAUAUCUUAAACGUUCAGCACAAUUCCGUAGUCAUGGCCGUUUUCCACUUUUAUGUUAUUUACAUAAAUCAUCAAAGUCAUGUAUUAUUCGAUGUGCACAACCACUUAUUGGUUCCAGUGUACGUCGUUGUAAAGAAGAUGAAGGACUUGUUAAUGCCAUGCUUACACAACGACAUAAAAAAGGAUGGAUACUUGAUACACGACAUGCGAAUGUAGUAAAAAGUGCACAAAAUAAAGGUGGUGGUUGUGAACCUGACCAACAUUAUGCACUCUGGAAACGUCUCCAUCGACAUUUAGAUAAACAUAAUGUUUUACAAGAAUCAUUUACGAAAUUAAUGGAUGCAUGUAUUGAUCAAUCGGAAAAAGAUCGAUGGUUAUCCAAAUUAGAUAAUAGUAAUUGGUUACUUCAUGUUAAAGAAGCCUUAACAACAGCAUGUAUUGUUGCUCAAACAAUUGAUUGUGAAGAAACAUCAGUUCUUAUUCAUGGUAGUGAUGGAUGGGAUACAACAUUAUUAGUAACAAGUCUAGCACAAAUCCUACUUGAUCCUGAUUGUCGUACAAUAACCGGUUUUGAAGCAUUAAUUGAACGUGAAUGGAUACAAGCCGGACAUCCAUUUCGUUUACGUUGUUCACGAUCAGGAUUUGGUCGAAGUACACAUGGACAAGAAUCACCUUUAUUUACACUUUUCCUUGAUUGUACUUGGCAACUUUUACAACAAUUUGCUUGUUCAUUUGAAUUUAAUGAUACAUUAUUAAUCGAAUUAUUUCAACAUGCUUAUUCAUCGAAAUUCGGAACAUUUAUAUUUAAUAAUGAGAAAGAAAAAUUAAAAUAUAAUGGUAUUAAACAUACAGUUUCAUUAUGGUCGUAUUUCAAUCGACCAGAAAUUCUUCAUGCGUUUUUAAAUCCAUUCUAUGAACCGAAUUUAAGUGUCUUAUGGCCGAGUGUAGCUGCACAAAGUAUUAUUCUUUGGCGAAGUUUAUAUCUUCGAUUUUAUGAAAAUCAAAUACCACAACGUGAAGUUUGGGAUGAAUAUUUAUUAAUUAAAGGAAAAGAAAUACAACUUCGUUCAUAUGUUAAUAAAUUAAGACAAGAAUUACUUGAACUUGAACGAAAAUGUACAGAAAAAACAAAUAUGAUUAAAACGGAAAAAGAUUCCGUAGUAACAAUAUAG